AUGAACCAAAGAAAAGGGGGCAAAUGUCAUCCUGACAAGUAUGAGGCAGUAUCUCUUUGUGCUAGCUCAUUUCUCUAUAAUGAUUGGAACAUUGAGCACUCUCCUUAUAUGUCUGUCUGCCAUUCAUAUUUAUUCUUUGGAAAAUGUCUAGGCUGGGUAAACUCGCCCACCACUCUGUCAGUGUGCUUGUGGCUGCACUGUCUCCAGAAAAGACUUCCAGAAAAGAGCUGCCUGUCUCCUCACAGCUCAGACAUGAAGCUCAGCCUUAUCUUAGUGCUUGUGGUGGUUUUCAGACUCAGAGGAUCAAGGGCCCAGACAGUGACUCAGCCGGAGGACCACCUCUCUGUCUUGGAAGGGGACCCCGUGCAGGUGAAGUGCAACUACUCCUAUUCUGGGAGUCCUGUGCUCUUCUGGUAUGUGCAGUACCCAAACACGGGUCUCCAGUUACUCCUGAAGCACAUCUCAGGAGAAAGCACCAAGGGCUUCACGGCUCAUCUUAACAAGGGAGAGGCGUCCUUCCAUCUGAAGAAAUCAACAGCUCAGGAAGAAGACUCGGCCACGUAUUACUGUGCUCUGAGUGGCACAGCAGCUGGUUUUGCAAAGGAAGCAGAGCACAAACCCUUUAGGACUUGUAGAGAAUGUUUCCUCUAUAUGGGCACAGAUUCUAGCCACCGACAUUGA